GGUAUUUAUUCUUUUUACCCAGGUAACACAGUUACCUGGGAAGCAUAAUGUCCUUUGCAUGCAAGGGUGCAGCCAAACUCAUUAAAAAACCAAACAAGAAGGAUUUUUGGGGUAAGAGGCUGUAUUAGUACGUUCUUUCGUCUUUUUUAUUUUGUUUCUCUCUUCUUAAAACUCAAAAAGGUUUCUUGAAAAGUAUAUAUCGUUCGUUUUCACGCUGAGAAAAUGUCUGAAGCAGCAAAGUUUUUUGGUGCCGUAGAAGAAGAGGACGAUCGUUUUCAACAUUUUUCAAGUGAAGAGGAAGACAAUGAUAUAAUCUCUAGAGCUACAAUUCGUUCCUCCAGAAAUGACAAAAGCAGCGGUGGGAGCGCUUAUAGAGGUUUUACAGAAAAUGUGUCUGAAGAGGACGAUAAUGAAAGUGACGAAGAGAAAAAUGAAAGAUACAAUGCUGAAGACAAUAGCGAUGUCGAACUUUACACUGGAGGCGAUUUUGAUGAAGAGAAUGAUAAAGAGAACGCAAAAGCUAUCAAAUCAGAAAAGCCACUGAAUAAGAUUUCUUUAGAAGAAGUCGAAAAGAAAAAGAAAGCUACUAAACGAUCGGGAGUUAUUUACUUAUCGAAAGUCCCUCCUUAUAUGGCACCCAAUAAGCUUCGCCAGCUUUUAUCCCAGUAUGGUAAAAUUGGUAGAAUAUACCUUGCUCCGGAGUCUGCUCAAAAACGUGCCAAACGUCUGAAAGGCGGCGGAAAUAAGAGAACCAUGUACGAAGAGGGCUGGGUGGAAUUUGAAAGCAAGCGUGUUGCGAAAACCGUCGCUGAAAUGUUAAACACCGAAAAAAUUGGCGGUAAAAAAACUAGUUGGUAUUAUGAUGACAUUUGGAAUAUGAAAUACCUUCCUAAAUUUAAAUGGCAUCACUUAACCGAACAGAUCGCCGCAGAAAAUGCUGCCAGGGCCAGCCGAUUGAAGGUUGAGAUUGAACAGGGCCGUAAGCAAGUAAAGGAGUACAUGAAGAACGUUGAACGUGCCAAGAUGAUUGAGGGUAUUCAGAAAAAGAGAAAAGAGAGAACUGCUUCUUCUGAAGUCCCUUCCUCUAAUAAUGAUACUCCCGUUGAGACUGGCCCUUCCAACAAAGAAAUGCGCCGUUUCUUCGAUCAAAAAAGUGUUACCAAUAAACGCGUUAUGCCUAAAAACGAAAAUGAGCAAAGAAAAGUUGAAAACGUUCUCAAUAAGGUUCUUUAAUACUUUUACUUUUAGAAAAUCUCUAAGCACAGUUUGAAAGUUUGGUUAUCAUAUGGACGUCAGGGUAAUAAUAGUUUAUUUAAUUUUUGCAUUUAUAAACGAGUAAAAAAAAAAAAAUACUAUUGUAUCCUUUAAAGGUCUUAUAAACAUCUAAUAUUAUAU